UAAACUAUAGCCAUCUCUUUUCUGCUAAUGGCGUUUUAAUGCAAGCUCUUUUGACAUUUCAUAGCCUUUAUAAAAUGUGUAUUGCCUUCCCUCUUUUCUGUCACAGAACUGAACAUAUAAAGUUCAUCAGGCAUUUUGUCAUUCGAUAUUUGUUGCAAGAAACCUCAGUAAACCGCAAACACAAUGCCUAAAAAUAAGGGAAAAGGUGGCAAAAAUCGUCGUCGUGGUAAGAACGAAAAUGAAUUCGAGAAACGUGAAUUGAUUUUCAAAGAAGAUCAGCAAGAAUAUGCACAAGUUACAAAAAUGUUGGGAAAUGGCCGUCUGGAGGCAAUGUGCUUUGAUGGUGUCAAACGUCUGUGUCAUAUUCGGGGGAAACUAAGAAAGAAGGUGUGGAUCAAUCAAGGUGACAUCAUUUUGGUUGGUCUUCGUGACUAUCAAGACUCAAAGGCCGAUGUUAUUCUUAAGUACACAUCCGACGAAGCUAGAAAUCUGAAAACCUAUGGUGAAUUCCCCGAAUCUGUGCGUAUCAACGAUACAGUCACCUUUGUGGAAGACGGUUUGGAUGAAGAUAUUGAAUUUGGUGAUGAAAUCAGUUCUGAUGAUGAUGCCGACUCUGUGGACAAUAUCUGAUUAAGCGCUAAAACUAAGAGAGACAUAAAUAAUCAAACAGCAGCAGCCGCAACAACAACAACAGAAGAGGAAGAAUUGAACAAAGUGAAAAAUUGAAAAGAAAACUAAAGAACUAAAUUAACAAAAUUAAAGUAAAACAAGGAAGUGAAGAACAGCAACAACAACUAUUAAGAGAAUUAAAGAAAAAGUUUUAAAAAUUAUUUUAAACACAGAUUUAUUGUCCACAGAGUAACGAAAAGCAAACAACAUCAUUUUAAACAAAAAGGCAAAAGAGCACGUUUUAUAUUACCCGUAAAAGCGGGGCAAAAAAUAUAAAGAAAUAAAAAAACCAUCAAAAGAACAACCAACCAACUAACCUUUUAUAUAUACAUUUAAAAUUGCAAAGACACCACGUCAAACGUACUCUCUUAUAUACUUAUAUAAACAAACAAAUAAAAUUCAAAAUUUAAACAAUUAUAAUUCUAUAUAAUAAAUAAAUAUACAAUUAAAUUAAAAACAAAAAUUAUUAAAACAAAACCCUAUAUAUAUUAUAUUUAAUUAAUUAAAUUUAAAGAAGAAAGAAAAACCAAUAUAUUCAACUACAAAAGAAAAAAGAACUAAAUACAUAUUUAAAGAAAGAAAAUAAUAAAACAACAAAACCAAUCCAUACACAUUAAUAACUAACUAAAUUAUAUAGAUUUUAGAAUUUUAUUAUUUAAAUGAACUUAAUUCUUAAAGUUAAAAACUCAAUAAAAACUUUACAUAAAAACAACAACAACAACUUUAAAACCAAAACCAAUAACAUCUUUGCAAAAACCUGAAGUUUAAUUUGAAUUCUCUUGAGUAGCGCCCUUUCUCUUUAUUUAUUUGUUAACUUAUCUAGAAUCUUUAAAUUCUUGUAAUUUUCUUUAAUAAUAUUGUCUGUGGUUUAGUUUAAUUUGCUUUAAUAUUUUCCUUUUUUGAACAAAAAAAUAAAGUGUUCCUUUCCACCAUUUUUAUUUGAUAAUUUUUUUUUUUUAAUAAUUUCUUUAAGAAAUCUUUUGUUUUUUUUGUAAAUUAUUAUUAUUUAGAAACAAAUAUGUUAUUAAAUCUUUGUAAAAGGAUGCAAAUCAAUAGUUUAUUUAAGAAAACAAUAAAAUGUGAAAGGAAGACGCCUAAAA